GCGCGACGCGAUCUUCGGGCAUAGAACAGCAUUCGAGGCCGGUAUCAUGCAUCGUGACAUCAGCGAAGGCAACAUAUUGAUUGCCAACGGCCGGGGCUUCCUCCACGAUCUCGACUACGCCUUCAACUGGAUGGCACAUCUACUCGAUCUGGGCUACGAGCAUACAGUGGAGAGCUGGAGAGAGUACGUACGUACGACCAAGGGCAUUCCACGGAAGGGUGGAGACGAGCUGCAGAUGACUGCAAGGUCCGACCCUGUCGGGGAGCCCUCAUCCCCUCGUCGCAGUGUCAACGGUGGUGACGAUAGGAAAGCCGCGCCGCCCACACCGAUCAUCAACAGGAACGGUGAAAAGGAAUACUUCAUCGAUGCGAUAGUUGCUGAAGGGAUAGUGGAGGGCGUCAAGAAAUACCUGGUACGAUGGACAGGGUGCGGGAACGAGGAGAAUACGUGGGCAUUCCCCGAGGACCUUCGAAGGUGCAUCGCGCUCGUUAACUGGUUGAAGCGACCAGCAGCAGAACGUACACAGUUAUCAGAGCCUUAUCUGAGCGAAUCAGGCUCGUCGGCCGAACGUGAUGCGGCAACGAGUGGCAGUCCAGACGACAUGAAGGCUCCAGAUGAGGCGAAGAGAAUGGAGUGCAAAGAGCGUACCGGCACGCUGUACUUCAUGUCUGUGGAAGUGCUUGAAGGAGGUGGCAACAUCAUUCACGAUGUUCGUCAUGAUCUCGAGUCGUUCUUCUGGCUGUUGAUGUGGCUUGUGCUGAGGCACACUGACUAUGUGCAUCGUGAGGGAUCCAGUGCUCUACAGUCACUAUUCGAUCAGCCGUCGGAUGCGGCCUGCGCGGAAAGAAAGAAGGGCUGGCUUAUGUCGCCUGCAGUGACAGUCCAAAACAACGCACCACUUUCGCAACUGAUCAACCAGUUCAAGAGGCUGUGCAAGCUGAACAUGUUCGACGAAGACACUCCAUCUAAUUUCAUACCGUUAACGUACGACAGCGUGCUCAAGGUGUUUGACGACGCACUCGAACGGGACGACUGGCCAUCCAACGACAAGGCAAUCCCUUUCAAACCCCUCCCUGAUCCUAAUCAACCUCACCGAGCACGCCCCGAGGGCGUAAUCCUGAGCAGUCAGGUAAACUCGGAGGCUCGCCGAGGCCGGGGACCAAUUGACAUGCCUGCUCCUGGCGACUUCGUGACAUCCUUCGAUCACAAUCGGCCUAUGCCAGAUGAUCAGUGGACUCUAAGCGACGGUGGCAUCCCUUGGAUCCAGCGGGCAAUGACGAACAACGACGGACAUCCCCAAUACCAGCACUCUGCAGAUGCUCAUCCCCCGCUCGUGCCGCUGCGGCCCGAUGUACGGCAUACAAAUACUUGGGCCGGUGAUGUCCUGGUAGAAAGGCCGGAUCUGCAACCUCGACUUAUCGGACGCCGUCCUCUGGCACGAAAACCUGGCCCAUCGUCCAUGUCUGCCUGGACGCGGCUAUCGGGGCAACAAGAGGCUCCCGAUGAUCCGUCAAUGGCAGGACGAAGAGCCCCAACAAGAUCUCCGUCUGAUUCUCCUGCCCACUCAUCUGACACCGACACGGCGGGACAACGACCCUGUCGAUUGCCUUCCGUCGAGCGCCUCAUACAGGCCGCCCCUGACAGUCCUCCGCACAGUGCGCGCGAUGAGCGUUUGUUGCAGUCGUAUCAACAGUCAUUAGAAAGGAUGGCCAGUGCAAGUGGAGAACAUCGUACGAGACGGAAACGGUCGCACGAGGAGAUGGGUAGACGCGAGGACGAGGACAGUGAACGUUCAAAGCGUUCAAGAAGUCUCAGUCAGCAGCCUCUUCCUCAAGUUCCUCGCAGGAAAUCCCGAGGCCCGUCGAAGUAAGCAUUCAUCCCAUGCAGCGAGACUUAGUGCCUCGAUGCCCCUGCCUCUUUUCUGUACCAUUGCGGACGUGCGUCUCGAUUGUUUGUAGUACUAGUAGUGCCACCGGACGCUUAUCAGUGUAUCCAUAUUACCACUCUAUCUGUAGUGAACAAGAUAUUGC